GUUCACAGCUGACUGAGUGAAAUAAAUCGCGUUAUGCUACGUGCUCGUCUUGCUGGAUAUUCUCAUGGUGCAUCUUCGUAUCCUCGCACCUCUUCGUUCUCCCUCGUCCUUCUACUUCGCGUUAAUAGCAGCGCAUUUUGCUCGAUUAACGACGCGCUCCUCCUUCAGCGCGUUUUUUUACGAGACGCUCGUGAUCUCGUAGAAUUAAGGGUACGAGUGCAUCUUAAUUAGGAUGUUGUGGAGUUAUACAUCGGAGUUUCUAAUACGCGAACCGGAAAAGAGAGGCGUCUGGGUGAAACGGCCUGGUGAACGAAUCCAAUCGAGAGUGACAGAAUCGUUGAACGAUCGGAUCUGCACGCUCCGUGGAGCAGGGUCGUUCCAACGUUUUUCACCCUACCUCGCCUUUCAGAUGGUUGGAAAAUAUAAAUUAGGCCACACAGCCCGUACCACCGGCCAGUUUGACGAAAGGCCUCGAUCGAAGAUGAUUAGAAAUCACUUCGGUGGCUCACACUGUUAUAAAGUAAGAAACAAUUCAGAGAAAUGAAGCAACCACGAGAAACUGAUAAUUUUUUCAUCAUUUUUGUUCUGGUCGCCAUCAUUCAAACGGUGUCAUCAAAUCAGAAUCUUCAUGCUACAUUUACUACAACAAUCGAUAUCGAUUCCACCAAUGAUGGAGAUAAAGUUACCAAACUCGCUUGGUUGCAGCCUUUAAAUACCACGACAUCAAUUGAUCAAGAUUCCACAACUUAUUUGCCAGACUCAACGAGUGUACAAGUGAAAGAAAUACUUGAUUCUUCGGAAACAAAUGUUCUGAGUCGAUACGCACGGCCACCUUAUCAAUAUACCGAAUACACCAAGGAAGAUGAUGAUCCUGAAGAGCCUCCUGAAGACCACGCAAUACCAUACUCAGAACAUGAGGAAGCCAAAAACGUGCCUACAAAACCAAGAUAUGUCGGUCCUGGAAUUUGGGCAAAACCGCCACCUGAGAAAAAUAUUCCCUUGGACUUCGUACCGACGAAGUUGCACGCUCAAGUUCGAGGAGUUCACACUGUGAAGAGAUUGCCACAGCAUGAGGCGUACGAGAGUGCGGAGACGGACGAGGAGAGACGCAAUGCACCCAGAUUAAGAGAAGUUGUUACUAACACAAAGGUCAACACGGUCUAUACCGAGGAGGGAUAUGAGGAUUCGGCAUACGAUCACGGGGGACACAUUAGAGACGCCGAUUUCCACGAGGGAUUUGCUCGCAAGCUUCACAACCAAAAGAAGAAUGGAUAUGACAAGAAAAAAAGAGGAAAGAGUAGAAAUUUGAUACCCGAUGAAUUUGAAGAACACGAGGAAGAUUAUCGAGAUCAUUUGCAGGAAAAUAGGAAGUUUGAGGAAACGGAUGAAGAAGAUAAUUUGGUAGGAUACGACAGGAAUAGCUGGGAGGAGUCCGAGAUAGAUCCUAAAUUCGUUGCUGAGUUUAAUAUUCAUAAACUCGAAGAAGAUAUAGAGAAAAAUGCUGAAGAAACCGAGAAAAGUUCGGAAAUGUAUCAAAAUGCGCAAGAAUCAAAAAUUCGCAAUGACAUCAAGUUUGAUAGCUCGGAAUUGGAAAAAUCUCAUGUUAAGAAUAAUUUGAAACACGAGAAUAAGCCCAUUAACAUAAAAAGAAAUCCAAAUUACAAAAUAGGAAAAACAAUACUGCAAGUAAAAAAGCGAAGCAUCCGCGUAAAUUGGAACAAAAGAAAGUCCAUCCUGAGACAACAAUGUUUCCAUCCGAAAGAGCAAAUUUGCCUGAUGAUGAAACGCCAUUAAGUCAUCAUGGAUUUGUAGCAAAUUUCCCGGACUCGCCGAUAUAUUCAAUUGAUCAGACGACUCUACGUUACGUCGCU